AUGACGUCCAUACCCAGACUCACAAGCUCCGGCAAGGAGUCUUUGGACAAAUUGCUCAAAAAGACAGUCGACAGAAGACACGUUCCCGCAGUUUUCUACGGUGCUACCAAUGCGAAAGAGGAGAUCUACUACAAUCAGUAUGGAGAAAAGGUUUUUGGUGACGAUUCAUCGGGUCAAGUGGACGAACACACUACAACGGAAUGCUUUUCUCAAACGAAAAUGAUCACCUGCAUCGCUGCCCUGCAGCUCGUUGAUCAGAAGCUCGUAUCGCUUGACAGCACCGAAGACGUAGACAAACAUCUACCAGAAAUCAGUAGAUUAGAAGUUUUGAAAGGAUAUGACGAGAAUGACACACCGAUAUUGGAACCACCAAAGAAGAAAGUUACAUUGAGGAUGUUGAUGUCUCAUUCUGCUGGAUUCACCUAUAUGUUCGGUCCCAACCUCUUGUCCAAGUGGGUCGCUCAAAACCCUCGUCCUGGUAUAUUUGAUCCCAAAGCAACUGUUGAUUCCAUCGCAGCUCCGUUCUUAUACGAACCCGGAUCUUCUUGGGCAUACAGCACUUCCAUAGACUGGGUUGGAAAACUGAUUGAAAGGGUGUCCGGGUUGGAUCUGGAGGAAUACUUUAAGAAGAAUUUGUUCGAACCAUGCGGAAUCAAAACACUCACCUUCUAUCCUACAGAUGAGAUCAAGAAGCACAAGAUGUCGGUAUGUUUCAGAGACCAAGAUGGGAAUGUGAAAGCUAUACCUGGAGGAUUUGGUAUGGGUAGACCAACGGAAGUGGAUAAAGUAGCAAAAGGACUUCUGCUCGGCGGAGCAGGAUUAUUCGGUACACAGAAAGACUACCUCACGCUCCUUCGACAUCUCCUGCAAUGCGAUCCUGACAGUCCAUAUCAUUCAAGCAAUCCUUUGAUCUCGGCGGAAUCUUGGAAAGAGCUUUUCACACCCUCUAUCUCUACAGGAGAAGGGUAUGAUGGUGUGGAACGUAUUGUUGAAAUGGUGACUAAGCCAGCCUACAUCCAUCCUCUACCUACAGCACUCACAGUCAACUAUUCAGUCGGUUUUCUCUUGACUUCAGAGGAUCUUACAGGAGGUAGAAAGGCUGGAAGUGGAUGCUGGUCUGGUGCAGCAAAGACUCAAUUUUGGAUCGAUCCAAAAACAGGCAUAGCAGCAAUUUGCGGCACGCAAUUGUUAGCUCCCUCUCCAGACCCUUGGUACGCUUCUUAUGUGGAGUAUGAAAGAGCACUUUAUGCUGCUUUGGAGGAAUGA